AUGACCCCAUCGUGGGACCUCUUCCCCGCGUCGCGGGUGCCCUUCUCGGCGGCCAUGUUCCAGGCGCCCGGAAAAGAAUACCGCGCGACGCCCCUCUGGUCGUGGAACAACAAGCUCACCGAGCCGGAGCUGCUGCGGCAGAUUGACGAGCUCAAGGCCAUGGGGUUCGGCGGCUUCCACAUGCACACGCGCGUAGGCCUCGACGUGGAGUACCUGGGCCCCGAGUUUAUGCGGCUCGUGCGGGCGUGCGUGGACUACGCCAAGGAGCACGACAUGUACGCGUGGCUGUACGACGAGGACCGGUGGCCGUCGGGCUUUGCGGGCGGCAAGAUCACCGAGGACGAGGCGAACGCGUCGUUCCGGUGCCGCCACCUGCUGGUGACGCCGUGGGCGUACGGCGACGCGUCGCAUCCGGGGCGCGAGGGCCAGCCCAUGUCCAACUCGGGAGAGGCGCGGCGCUCGGAGCUGGGCCGGCUGCUGGCACGGUACGCCAUCCGGCUGGACGAGGACGGCUACCUGGCGGGCCACCGUCAUCUCGCAGAGGGCGACGAGGACGGGGUCACGGACGGCGAGCAGCUCUGGUACGUCUACGACGAGACCAACGCGCCGUCCGAGUGGUUCAACGGCAGCUACUACGUGGACACGCUCAACCCGGAGGCGAUGCGGGCGUUUGUGGCGGCGACGCACGAGACCUACAAGCGGGCCGUGGGCGACGAGUUUGGCCGGGCGGUGCCGGCCAUCUUCACGGACGAGCCGCAGUUUGCGAUGAAGAAGCGGCUGGCGCACGCGCGCGGCCAGGCCGACGUCUUUCUGCCGUGGACGCACGACCUCGCGGCGACCUACCAGGCGCGCUACGGCGCCGACCUGCUCGCGGGCCUGCCGGAGAUUGUCUGGGACACGCGCGGCGCGGCGUCGGCCACGCGCUACAACUUCCACGACCACGUCUGCGAGCGGUUUACGAGCGCCUUCACGGACCAGAUUGCCGGCUGGUGCGCCGACAACGGCCUCGGGCUGACGGGCCACAUGAUGUUCGAGCCGGAGCUGGCGACGCAGACGGGGUCCGUCGGCGAGGCCAUGCGCUGCUACCGCGGCAUGCACCUGCCGGGCAUCGACAUGCUGUGCGACUGGCGCGAGUACACGACGGCCAAGCAGGCGCAGUCGGUCGCGCGCCAGUACGGCCGCUGCGGCGUGCUGUCGGAGAUCUACGGCGUGACCAACUGGACGUUUGACUUUGUGGGCCACAAGGGGUCGGGCGACUGGCAGGCCGCGCUGGGCGUCAACGUGCGCUGCCCGCACCUGGCGUGGUACAGCAUGGCCGGCGAGGCCAAGCGCGACUAUCCGGCGGCCAUUGGCUACCAGAGCCCGUGGUGGCGCGACUACAAGGCCGCCGUCGAGGAUCACUUUGCGCGCGUGCACUACGCGCUGACGCGCGGCGUGCCGGCCGUCCGCGUCGCCGUCGUGCACCCCAUCGAGAGCUUCUGGCUGGCCUACGGGCCGCACGACACGUCGGCGGCCGCCGUCGAGAUGGAGAAGCGCUUCCAGGACGUCACGGACUGGCUGUGCCACGGCCUCGUCGACUUUGACUUUCUGGCCGAGUCGCUGCUCCUCGAACAGAACGUGGCCGCGCGCGGCGGCCAGCUGCACGUGGGCCACGGCCACUACGACGUCGUCGUCGCGCCGGCGCUGCACACGAUCCGCUCGACCACGCUGGCCGCCCUCGCGGCCCUGCUGGCGGACGGCGGCACGGUCGUCGUGGCCGGGCCGCCGCCGGCGCUCGUGGACUGCGUGCCGACGACCAAGGCGGCCGACGCCCUGGCCGCUGCGGUGCACGUCCCCUUCAGCAAGACGGACAUUCUGCACGCGCUCGAGGACGUGCGCGACGUGCGGGCGACGCUGACGCGCAGCGGCCUAGCCGCCGACGCGCUCCUCUAUCAGAUGCGCGCGGACGGCGACGAUCGCUACGUGUUUCUGUGCAACACCGACCGCCAGCACGCGCGGGACACGCAGCUCGACCUGCGCGGCGACUGGGAUGUGCGUGUCCUCGACACCAUGACGGGCGAUGUCCGCGCCCUCGCAAACACGACGGCCGUCCACCGACAGGGCGUGCCGUGGACGUCUUUCCCGUUUACGUUUGACGGCUGCGGGAGCGUCCUGCUGCGCCUGCAGCCCAAGACGUCAGCGUCCAUUCCGCCCUCGCUCACGUUUUCGCGCCCCGAGUGGCACGUCGCCGGCGAGCUCGCCCUCCGCAAGGUCUCCCUCAGCGAGCCCAACGUCUUGCUGCUCGACAUGGCGCGCUACCGCCUGGACGACGAGCCCGCCUGGUCGGACCACGCCGAGGAGAUUUUGCGGACGGACAACAUCGCCCGCCGGCGCGUCGGCCUGCCGCUGCGCCAGGACAAUCUGGCGCAGCCGUACCGCGUGCCGCCGCGCACGCUGCCCGCGGCGCACACGAUCCAUCUGCGCUUCGUGUUUGAGGCCCUUCUGUCGCAGCCCGUCACGGACGCCCAGAUCGCCCUGGAGGGGCUGGACACGGCCACCAUCGUGCUCGACGGCCAGCCGGUCCCCAGCACCAAGACGGGCUGGUGGGUCGACCGCCUCAUCGAGACGGCCGCUCUGCCGCCGCUGGUCGCGGGGCCGCACGUCCUCGACAUCAGCCUGCCCCUGGACGUCCGCACCAACGUCGAGCGCGUCUACGUGCUGGGCACCUUUGGCGUCGACCUGCGCGGCCGCGACGCCACCGUCGUCGACCUCGCGCUCGACCGCGUCCGCAUCGGCGACUGGACCCGCCAGCGGCUGCCCUUUUACGCCGGCGACGUCACCUACGAGUUUGCCGCCGUGGCCGGCCGGCGCCGCACCGCCGUCCAGGUGCCGCGGUUUGCCGCGCCCGUCUUGCGCGUUGAUGUGCGCACGGACGGCGACGGCGACAACAACGCCACCCACUCCGACGCCCACAUCGCCUUCCCCCCGUACCGGGUCGACCUCGGCGACGUCCCGCCCGGCCGCACCGUCACCGUGGCCAUCACCGCCGUCGGCAACCGCAACAACGCCUUUGGCGCGCUCCACCUGCCCGACGGCCUCACCAAAUGGUACGGCCCCGACAGCUUCCGGACCAACGGCGACAAGUGGACGUACGAGUACGUGUUGCAGGACAUGGGCCUGCUGGCGGCGCCGCGCCUGCUGACCGCCGACAAGCAGCUGGCGUCGCCGACGUGGGACGCCGGUAGUGUAGACCAAGACUUGUGGUUUCAUUAG